AUGCCUGCUGGAAAGGCAUUCUUUUUUGCUGCACUAGUUGCGCAUGCCUCUGCCACGAAACGAGGACUCAUCGGCGUUGACAAUGCCCACAGCUUCGGCGAUCAGCCGACCCUUAUGGCCGGCACACAGCUCUCAUGGGCCAUGAACUACGGUGUCGGCCCAGGCAACGCUUCCUGGUUCGCAGGGCUUGAAUACGUCCCUCAACUAUGGGGCGGCAACGAUGCCGCAUCUUUUAUGGACGAAGUGCUGAAGCAAGAUCCAUUGCCGAAGCACAUCCUGACAUUCAAUGAACCAGAUGGUUUUGGUGGCGGUCAAGCAACCAUGACGCCAGCAAAAGCUGCAGAAUUGUGGCAGAAAUAUGUCGAACCGCUCAAACAACACAACAUGUCCCUUGGCAGUCCUGCGUGCACAGGAUCGAACGGUGGGAUCAUUUGGCUUGAACAGUUUCUUGGAAAUUGCAGUAGUUCUACCUGUACAGUCGACUUCAUCACAACACAUUGGUAUGGCGACUAUCAAGGGCUCGCUGAUCAUCUCGGACACCUCAACAGUGUUGCGAAUGGAACAAAGAAGAUUUGGGUCACAGAGCUGGGUAUCGCGCAUACAACACUACAAGCAACCGAAUCUAUGUACAACAGCAGUAUCGCAUGGCUCGAUAGUCUCAGUUGGGUCGAUCGUUAUGCGUGGUUCGGUGCUUUCCGCUCAAUAGAGUCAAACCUGGGGCCCAAUGCAACUAUGCUUGAUGCGCAAGGCCAAUUGACGCAGCUCGGUCGUCAGUACCUCAACUCCCCGCCAGCAUCAGGUACAACUAGCUCUACGAUAAUGGCAACCGCAACGACAAGAACAAUAGCAUCGGCAUCCAGUACAGCAAGAGCGAGUGCAGGCGACAGUUUGUUCUCUUACCAAGGAUUUUGGGUAGUAGUCCUCGGCGCUGGCGCUGUUCAUCUACUUUAG